AUGAACAGUGGAGGGGAAGGAAAUUCAGUGACGGACGAUUUUGCAGAAGAGGAGGAGGUGCAGUCCUUUGGCUACAAGAGGUUUGGUAUUCAGGAGGGGACUCAAUGUACCAAAUGUAAAAAUAACUGGGCACUGAAGUUUUCCAUCAUCUUACUGUAUAUUUUAUGUGCCCUGUUAACAAUUACAGUAGCCAUUCUGGGAUACAAAGUUGUAGAAAAAAUGGACAAUGUGACAGGUGGCCUAGAAACAUCCCACAGAAGAUAUACAGAAAAACUCACGGAAGUGGAGAGUGAUCUGAAGAAAUUAGAUGACCAAGCUGGACAAAAAGCCAUGAAUACAAACACUGAACUGUCUAGCUUCAGAUCUGAUAUUCUGGCUCUUCGUCAGCAGCUUCAUGACAUUGCAGAGAAAACUACCAGAAACAAAGAUACACUGGAGAAGCUGCAAGAGUCUGGAAAUGUAUUAGAUGAUAGACAGAGCCAAAUGAAAAGCGUCUUAGAUAGCAACUCUUUCAUGAUCAUCAGUAUCAAUAAGACUCUUCAGGCAUAUACUGGCUAUAUCAACAAUCUCCAACAGGACACAAGUAAUAUUCAAACAAAUUUGCAAAACCAAGUGCAUUCUCAUAACGUGGUCAUCAUGAACCUGAACAACUUAAACCUGACACAAAUACAGCAAAGAAAUCUUAUCAGUGUUCUGCAGAAGUCAAUGGAAGAUACAAGUCUGGCUAUUCUAAGAAUCAAGAACGACUUUCAAAAUCUGCAGCAGGUUGUCCUUCAAGCCCGGAAGGACACUGAUUGGCUUAAGGAGAAAGUACAAAAUUUACAGACUUUAGCAGCCAACAACUCAGCAUUGGCAAAAGCUAACAAUGAUACACUUGAAGACAUGAACAAUCAGCUCAGCUCUUUCAGUGGGCAAAUGGAAAACAUUACCACAAUUGCUCAAGCGAAUGAACAAAAUCUAAAGGAUCUCCAGGAACAGCACAAAGAAUAUGAAAACAGAACUUCUGCCAAAUUCAACCAGCUAGAAGAGCGGUUCUUGGUCUUUGAGACUGAUAUAGUCAGUGUCAUUAGCAACAUCAGCUACACUGCUCAUCAUCUACGAACACUGACUAGCAAUCUCAAUGAGGUCAGGACAACUUGUACAGACACCUUAAGUAAACAUUCAGAUGAGCUGAUUUUUAUGAACAGCACACUAGCCAAUAUUCGCUUAGACUCUGCAUCUCUCAAGAUGCAACAGGAUUUGAUGAGGUCAAGACUAGAUGUUGAAGUUGCCAAUUUGUCAGUAAUUAUGGAAGAAAUGAAGCUGGUAGAUUCCAAACAUGGCCAGCUCAUCAAGAACUUCACUAUCCUGCAAGGUCCUCCUGGUCCAAGGGGACCUAAAGGUGACAGAGGACCUGCAGGUCCUCUUGGCCCUGCUGGCCUAAAAGGACAAAAAGGAGAGAAAGGAGAGCCAGGACCUCCAGGACCUGCAGGUGAAAAGGGUCCACCUGGGCCAACUGGGCCACCGGGAGAAAAAGGAGGGAAAGGUUCAAGAGGAUCACCUGGCUCCAAAGGUCAGAGAGGCUCUCCUGGCAAGACAGGUCUGCCAGGACCAAGCGGAGAUCCAGGGCCACCUGGGCCACAAGGCAAAGAUGGUCCUCCUGGGCCACAAGGCCCACCAGGAUUUCAAGGACUGCAAGGAACUGUGGGAGAGCCAGGGGUGCCAGGACCUCGAGGAUUGCCUGGGCUACCGGGAGUCCCUGGGCUGCCUGGUCCAAAGGGUCCACCUGGCCCACCGGGGCCCCCAGGUCCAGGAAUGCCAAUGGCUCUACAAAGUGAACCUACAUCAGUGCCUGAGGCUAAUGGUUGUUCUCCUCAUUGGAAGAACUAUACAGAAAAGUGUUACUACUUUUCAAUUGAAAGAGAAAUUUUCGAAGAGGCAAAGUUAUUCUGUGAAGAGAAGGCAUCACGCUUGGUUAUCAUAAACAACAAGGAGGAACAGCAAUGGUUAAAAAGGCAGAUUCUUGGGAAAGGCAGCUUCUGGAUUGGGCUUACGGAUUCUGAGAAGGAAAAUGAAUGGAGAUGGCUGGAUGGAUCUUUACCAGUUUACACAAACUGGAAAACUGGGCAACCUGAUAACUGGAGCCAUGGACACGGGCCAGGGGAAGAUUGUGCUGGGUUAAUCUACGCUGGGCUCUGGAACGACUUUUACUGUGAAGAUGUUAACAAUUUCAUUUGUGAAAAAGAUAUGGACAAAGGGCAAAUAUUUGGAGUGUAAGAGGCUGUGAAUUUACAGAUGCCUAUAUAUGAUGGAAAUUUCCUUAAAGAAGAAGAAAGAUCCUGGGAGAGAGCAACAUCUCCUACUAAAAUUGAAAAA